GAAAAGACGUAAAAAUGUUGCUGUGGCUCCUUGGACUGAUUUUAAUAUUUUGUUUUAUUUUAUUUUACGUGCGUUUAAAGAAAUCAUAUAGUUAUUGGAAAGUGCGUGGAAUUGUGUAUGAAAAACCGACACUUAUUGCUGGAAGUCUUAGUUUUUUCACACGAAAGAGUGUUUGGCAAUACUUCUAUGAUUUAAAGAAGAAACACCCAGAUGAUUACGUUGGGGUAUUUUUGGGUAUUCAACCAGCUUUAGUAGUACAAUCACCUCAACUUGCGAGGAAAGUGCUAUCUGAUUCUGAUUGUUUUCAAGAUCGGUUUUCUUACUCUGGAACCGAUUCGGAUCCCGUCGGUUCCCUCAAUUUAUUUGCAGUUAAGGGACCAUUAAGAAAGGAAAUGCAACAAGCGCUUUCACCAAUUUUCACAACAUUGCGUUUGAAGAAAUUGACAGACUUAUUAAACAUUAAUUCACGAGAAUUGACGGAGAAGAUUGAAAGAGAUUUUGUUAAGAAGCAAGAGCAUGUGAAUCUAAAGGAACUUAUGGCAAUGUACAUUUCGGAUACAUUAGCUUUUAGUGUUUUCGGAAUAAAAGUGGGUACCUUAAACGAUGACCAAUCUCCACUAUGGUAUAUAACAAAACAUAUGGCCAAGUGUACUUUUAUGAGAGGCUUGGAAAUACUUACGGUAUUCUUUAUUCCUUCACUAGCGGAAAUCUUAAGAAUGAAAUUCUUUUCUGCCCCUGCUACGGACUUUUUGAAAAAGAUGUUUAGAAGCGUUAUUAAUGAGCGUGAAGAAAGAGGAGAGAAGAAUGAUACGGAUUUAGUGGGACACUUCCUCAAAAUAAAAGAGAAUUUUACAAGUGGCGCUGAUGCUGAUCGAGGUGAAAAUUUAAUGGUAGCUCAGGCCGCAGCAUUUAUUAUGGCAUCGAUUGAAACAUCUACUUCAACACUUACUUACUGUUUCUCUGAAUUGGCGUAUCACCAAGAAGAACAGGAAACACUUUACAAGGAAAUUGACAACGCUCUUCGUCAAACUGGAAAACAAGUUCUAGACUAUAACGAUUUAGUAGAAAUGAAAUACCUUACUGCUAUAAUUAAUGAAACAUUACGUAAAUACGUGCCAUUACAACAUUUAGAUAGAGUGGCCGUAAGAGACUAUAAAUUGACUGAUAACGUAACCGUUGAAAAGGGUAUUCCUGUAUAUGUGAAUUUAGUUGCUCUUCAACAUGAUGAAAGGUUCUUCCCAGAGCCAGAAAAGUGGCGCCCAGAACGAUUCCUUGGUACGGCUGACUUUGAUACUCUUAAUUAUACGUUUUUACCAUUUGGAGAAGGACACCGGUCGUGUAUAGGUAAGCGUUACGGCAUGUUGCAGCUUCGAACGGCCAUAGCUCAUGUGGUGCAUAAAUUUAGAAUAGAGCCAGUAAUGCCGUAUAUUUUAGAAAGUGAUCCCUACAGUAUUGUAUUAUCGCCCAGUAAUGGAGGAAGUGUCAAGUUUGUCACAAGAUAAACAGAAUUAGAUAAUAAACAGUUUUAGCAAAUUGAUUGGCAACUUGUGAAGAAAUUGGAUGAAAUAGAUAAUAUAAUUGCUUUUGUUAAUAAGAAAUAUAAAUAGGUAGAUUUUGUGUUUAAUCAGGAUAAUUAAAAUUAACAUUUUAACGUAUUAAUGUAUGUAUAUAUGUAAAUGGAUUUCUUGAAAUAUUAUAGUACGAACAACACUAUUAAAUAUAUUCUAUCAAUAUCAACAUCAUCAUCUUUAAUUACUAGACUGUUAAUAUUAUAACGUCACUAAUGGACGAAUUGUAUAUAUUUUUUUUAAAACAUCUAAAUUUUAGUAAAUAAUAUUUCUGAACGUUCUGUUAUAAUUUUCUUGGCUUCUGGAAAAUAUUGUAAUAUGUUGAUCCAGGAAUCCAAAGAUAGUGUCAAAAUUCCAACCUAAAAGUAGUAUGACAUUAUAAUUAAAGAAAAAAAUAUGUGAAUGAUAAGCUUUUGCCUGGGAGUUCGUUUCGAGAAAUAUUUUCUGUGAAUCAAUUUAUCUGAAAACGAACUACUUGAACAGAGUUAUACACUCCGAAGCGAACUUAGUAAUAUCCUACUUCUGAGAAUUUUU